AUGCUGGGUCUGGAUUCAAUCGUAAUUACAGUUCCUGUUCAACACGGCAGUACAUUCCGUUAUUUCGAAUAUCACAGUACGCGUUAUGUAUAUCAGCAUGAUCGUGACGUUUUUGAGCAAACAGUGCCCGAUAUUGCAUUCGAUCACGGCGGUCUCACGUCAGAACAAGCAGCCGACCGCCUUGAACGUCUUGGUCCAAACUUUAUCCACGUGCUUGUUCCUAAUUUCUUCCAGGCGCUUUGGGAAGAACUUACAGGAUUCUUCUACAUUUACCAACUCAUGAUCCUGUGGUGUUACUUUUACUUGGCCUAUUGGCCAAUCGGUGUGGCAGAUACCGCUGUCAUCCUUUUGGCUGCGAUAAUCAAGGUGUUCGUUCGGCUAAGAUCAGAGAAACGUGUGAAGAGCAUGGCUGAAUAUGUUGGUGUAUGCGAUGUUUUACGAGACGACAAAUGGGUUUGUAACUUAUCGAGCGCAGACUUGGUUCCUGGCGACGUUAUUCGAGUGCAAUCACAGCAACUAGUACCAGUGGAUGCUGUUCUACUUAAAGGCGAUGUUGUGACAGAUGAAAGCUCACUCACUGGCGAGCCCCUUCCUAUCCGCAAGUUUCCUGCGAGGGAUGCUUCAUUUUUGGAGGAAAAGAUCCAUCGUUUGUAUGCUGGGACAAUGGUCAAGCAAGCAUCUUCUGAUUCUACGGCACUCGUUAUGGCGACACGUACGAAUACUGACAAGGGGCAGCUAGUACAAAAGAUAUUGUUUCCUCAGCCUGUUUCCUUUAUUUUCAACGAGCAGCUUAAACUGGUCUUUGCUGUUCUGCUCUGUUGGGCACUCGUCUUGCUUGGCAUUGGAUCAUGGUGGCUGGGUGGGAUUGGUAUGACUGCUUGGUUCUACGGUACCACCUGUGCAGCCCAGGUCAUGAAUCCUUUGCUUCCAGCUAUUCUUGUUGUCGGACAAUCGGUUGCUGGUGGUCGUUUAAAAAAGAACGGAAUCUAUUCUGUUGACUUACCCCGUAUUUUGAUGGCUGGCAAAGUGCGCGUAUUUUGCUUUGACAAGACUGGAACGCUGACAAACCAAGGUCUCGAAUACAAUGGUGUCCAGCCGGUCGUACGCCAUCAAAUUGAAAAGAAGGAAAAGAAUGACAGCACUGCAACAAAUUUGGGUUUAGGCGAAAUGAAACAACAUUAUCAAGACUUGAACCCUGAUAUCGACCAUGAACAAUUGCUAAGAAUGGGUUUAGCAUCAUGUCACUCUGUCACGGUACUUGAUGAUCAGUAUAUAGGCAAUCCAGUAGACAUCGUCAUGUUUGAAGCAACAGGCGCGGCGCUUGAUUUAGCACAGGAAACCAUCCAUCUCCGAUCACACACGCCAGGCGUAAAAGGCUCUCAACUCCGUAUCAUUCAAAGAUUCGAGUUUCAGCAUGCGCGCGCAUCCAUGUCGGUUGCUGCUGUGGAUAUGGAUACAGGCGAUAUCCACGUUUUUGUCAAAGGCUCUUUCGAACGACUCGGCGAAAUCUGUGCCAAUGUUCCGGACAAUUAUGAUCUACAGGCAUCCAAGUUGGCAAGAGACGGUUGCUAUGUAUUAGCCAUGGCUCAUCGUAAUCUUGGCAAGCAAAUUUCCGAGGAGGCUGUGUGUGGCUGGACAAGAGACCAACUGGAAUCGAAUGUGUCCAUGCUCGGACUGGUAUUGUUUAAAAACAUGCUUAAACCUGAUACCACGGAUGCGAUAGCGCAGCUUAAGCGAGGAGACAUUCGAACGGUUAUGAUCACUGGUGAUAAUGCGUUAACCGGUGUAUCUAUCGGUCAGGCAUGCGGCAUGCUCCCGUCCAAUAGGCCUGUACUACUUGGCGAUGUCAGGGACGAGGAUGGCCAAGUAAUCUGGACCGACACAGAGACCAACAUGCGGCACACAACUGAGAAAUCAGAAGUAUUCGAUGGUUUCGAGCUCGCCAUCACCGGGAAUGCUUUCCGCACAAUACUCAAAAAUGAUCCUGAACGACUACGAGAGCUUUUAUUCUCAAUUACAAUAUUUGCACGCAUGACACCUAUCGAUAAGAUGCUUUGUAUCGAACUCUUUAUGGAGAAAGUAAUCACGGCCAUGUGUGGCGACGGCGGAAAUGACUGUGGUGCUUUAAGGGCGGCUCACGUUGGUAUUGCCAUGUCUGAAGCAGAAGCAUCAGUGGUCAGUCCAUUCAGUACACCGAGUCGCACAGUCAAGGCUUGUGUGGAACUUGUUAUUCAAGGACGCUCCGCGCUCGCUACCUCUUUUGCAAGCUACAAGUAUCUCAUCAUGUACGGAGAAACCAUGGCGACAGUAAAGCUAUUCACCUUUUACUUCACCAUGUCAUUCUCGCAAUGGAACUUUAUCCUCAUCGAUGCAUUCAUUACUUUAUUCUGCGCGUUUGCGGUGACACAAGCCAAAGCAGCUAAACAGCUUUCCGCACAACGACCUACUGCACGCAUCCUUGGUCCGGAAGUACUAGCGUCAGUCCUGGGUCAACUGGUCAUCAAUGCACUUUUCCUUAUGGGAGCAUUCGUUAUGCUUUAUACACACGACGACUUUUUCCGAUGCAAUGAAUGGGAUGCCCGAGCUGUCGAUAACUCAAAAUGGUGGCUUCUAGGCGACAGUUUUGAAACGGACGUUUUAACCUUUGUUUCACUUUUCCAGUUUGUAAACGCUGCCUUGAUCUUUAAUUAUGGUUACCUGUUUCGAGAUCGGUGGUACCGCAACUACCUCUUGCUGGUUGUGUGCGCAGUAUUUAUUGCCAUUGUUAGCUACUGGGAACUUGCGGAUCCAAACCCGUUCGGAUGUGCAGUCCGUCUUAAUUGUGGCAACCCUGAUGUACUUGAGUCACUCGGGUACCCAAGGCCUAGUUACCCGAUUGAGCCUUAUAAUAACCCAUUGGGACACAAUGUGCUUCCACAGUAUUUCCGUUACCGACUGUGGGUUUAUUCGAUAGGUAACAUGGUAGCAACACACGCGUGGGAACUGCUGGUUGUUCUUGGGCCAGUCCGAGACUGGUGCAAAAAGCGAUAUGUACAAAACACUGGUUCAUUUUAA